UGCUUGCAGCCAUCGAAAAGCCUUCCUUGUAGUACUCGGUUCCGCGUGCACGUGCAUUCGACUCUUUACCUCCUUUGUCCCUUACGGUUCUUUUUUGCGUAAUGAACGUGCGGUGCGGUGAAUUGGUUCUAUUUCUACGUGUGGCACGUUUUUUCGCUGCAGCCUCACACAUCCCGACGUAUGUAUCGGUGUGCUUUAGGUGUGGUGUACGCGCGCUUAAGGGCCCGUGCUGCAUUAGUCACUGGCUGAGCGAACCAUCGUCCACAGUACCCAUUAGGAGCCCAAUGGAUCCUGGAAGCAAGAGCAACGCCUCGAUCCGAUAGCUGGAAUCGUGACGAGAUCGAAAGUUUCAAUAUCCUGCGCUGGAUACAUGCGGUUCCGCGCUGUGCAUCAGAGCGUGCGGGAGUUCAAAGUUCGGUGCCGUGUGUGCGUGUAAGGCUUUUGUUUACCGAUUUGCAGUACCCCAUGAGAAGUGUGAGUGUGUGUGGUGCGAGAUAGUGAUUCAAAGUGAUAUUAAUGAAUUCCAAGAGUGACGAGACGCCGGUGAGCAGAUAUGGGCAAGUUUGCAGCUUCCUGUUUCACCUGAAAGUGUUGAUGGGAUACGCCGUGUACAACUAUUUCUCCCAACACUUUGUGACCGUGUUUUUGCGCCGUCUCUUCUGUCCGGUGGUGGUCCAACUGGACGACAGUGACAAGUGUCGGAGUGAGCGAGACCAGCCGCAGCUGUACGAGUUCGCACCGUUCGGAGCUUGCUGGCUUCAGCAUCCCUCCAGCAACAACAACACCACGACCGAACUGGAGAAUGACAAACCGAUGCUACCGAUGGACACCCGCAA